CUCCACAGCCACUGAACCCAUCCCAAAAAGGAAUAAGAUUGCAGUCAGGUCAUCUGCUGCUGGCUCUAAAACUCAAACCAGGUCAAAGUCACCAAAAGCAAAAACACAAAGAAAGUCACCAAAUUUGAAAGUUUCAAAUAAAAAAAAAACACAGUCCAAAAAAAAAACAUGGACAUCCUCAUCUCAAAACAGCAACACAAACUCAGUUGACCAUGAUCACAGUGGUGAGGACAGUGAUGGAUUUGAAGGCACAUCAUCCGGGUCUAGUAGGCGACCUGUUAAAAAACCCAACCCAACAAAUUCAGUUGAUUGUGAUAACAAUAAUUAUGAUAGUGAUCAUUUUGAAGGCACAUCACCCGAUUCUUGUAGGAGACCUGUUAAAAAAACCAAUGCAACAAACUCAGUUGAUCAUGAUAACAGUGAUGAUGGCCGUGAUGAAUAUGAAGGAACAUCAUCUGGUUUUUCUAAGAAACCCGUUAAAAUCAGUAACAUAACUAGCAGCUCACCACUUCUCAGAAAUUCCAGGUCAUUGUUCAAUGUGAAUAAAAUUUCUGACACAAUACAGAACAACGAUCAAGAUCAAGUGACCAAUCAUUCUUCGAUUGAACAGGAAGGAGGUAAUCAUUUCAUUUUAUAACUAAUCUUUGCAUUUGGGAAAUGGAAAAAUAAUUAAUUUUAAGGACUUUUGAUUUAAAUGAUGUGAUUCAAAUCUGAAAUUAUUUUUUUUAAAUUCGCAUCUAUAUUUUUAAAAUUAAUUUUUUGAUCAGUUUGAAGAAUUUAUGUAACGUAAUUGUAGAAAAACAAAGAAUAAAAUUGGACGCAAACAAAGCAGACCGAAAGUAAAUAAUUAAACUAAGUGUUUAUUACCUGUUGUUUUAUUCAAUUUAUUGUUUUUGUUUAUGAACUCUUUCAGCCAAAACAUCCUUUUGAUUGUCCUUGUCCAGACCGGUUGCAAAUUUGUUUUAUCAUGAUAUAAAAAAUAUUUUUAAAUUCAAGAUUACAAUAUGGAUAAAAAUAAUAAUUAUAAAACAAAUAGUACAUGUAUUAUUAUUAUUUAAUCAAAAUAAAACUUUAAAAAAAAAUAAACAUGCUGUUUAAUGCAUAAAACUGGUAGGACAAGUAGUCACCUUGUUGUUGCAAGAGUUAAUUGUGUUAUAGAUAUUCACAAAUUGACAUAUUGCAUUCACCUAUUCUUUUCCCCCCCCCACCCCCCCCCCCACUACCUUUUUAAAUAACGAAAUCUACAUUGUCAAGAGAAGACAUAAAGAGAAAAAUAAAAAAAAACUCCUUGGGAAAAAUCCCUCUUCGCCCCCCUCUCCCUACCCACAUGGAUGGUAUGAUCUAUAACAUGUCAGGUCAAUUUGAAAUGUGAUUUGUGGAGGCGUGUAGAAUACUUUGCGAAUAAGGUCAUUCUUGGGGAGGAAAGUGUAGGAAUUCACCCAAGACGUCCAACCUCCACCCCUUCAAUAAAUUUGUUGGCUAUAUAUUUCUAAGCAAAACAAAAAAGUGCAGGAACGCCUUUCUCAUGCGUCUCUGCAAGACUCGAGCUCUGAUUGUGAAAAGUAAAAUCCGGUUUAAAACCAGAUUUAAAACUGAAAACCGGUUUUGCAAAAAAAAAAAAAUAAAAAAAAAUAAAAAAAUACGUUUUUAACAUCACUAGUGAAAGCAGAUUAACAAAAAUUGAACAUUACGUUUUAUUUAAAGUAAAGCAUUUAGGAAAUGAUUUUACAAAGCAGAAAAACACCAACUUAUUGGCCUCAUGCUAUAAGUUGCUAGGAAUUGAUUAGAUGGAGUCUAUAAAUUUGUACCAAUCAAUUUUAUUUAGACUACACUUCCAGCCUUUUAAAAUAAAAAUAAAAAAUAUCUUUCCUGAUAGGUCAAGUUCGUAUAAGAAGUUUGAGAAAUGACGUACAUACUGCUGUUCAAACUGAUCAACUGAUCGUCUGUGAAGCUGGAAUUCAGACGGACAUUGAAGUUGUAACAAGGACAGGAAGUAGAUUCCAUCAGAAUGUACACAAACUAAUAAAGAAGAUGGUUCCAGAGGGAGAUUUGGGGGAUGUUAAUGAUAUUGAAAGUAUGGUUUCCAAUAUGAUAAGGGCAGACACCUUUGAAGACUCUGAGGAUGAAAUUUCUGAUCUAUUUUUACAUGAAUAAAAAAUGUUUCUUAAUUAUAUUUUUUAAAAUUUUGAAUAGGGCCUACCAUUUUACAAAGGCUCAAUUAUUUUUAAAUUGUUAACAACACAUCUGUCACAGAGUUACUAUUAGCCAUGUUCGAAAUACUAUCCACUAGACUGGGAAAGUAACAAGACUAGGUAUGGCGGUCCCCCCUGCGGCUAUUAUCACACGGGGGAAACGUAAUGAAUGCUAGUGUGUACACAAUAAUUGUCCGUCCGUGACUUACAUCAACACGCCUUGAGGCAUCGGUUUAUCGUAGUAUGUUGACAGGACCUAAUUAUUAUCAUAGUGGACAUUGAGACUGGGUGGCCGUCGCGGUUGGAAGUUGUGGAGGAGCAAGUGUGUUAAUAGCGACACCGAAUUCGGUAGUUUCACUGACCACCACAAUCCACACAUGAGACUUAGCUCAUGAGUGUGUAGAUUUAGAUUUGGACCUAUACCUUGUACCAGUUUGCCACAGAAUCCACAUAGAGAGGUAAGUGUAUGCAAGGUGUGUGAAUGAAGAAGCUUUAUGGUAGUUCGUGUGAGGGAUAGUUACCUUAUAAGGUAGACGUUUCGUGGUUUAGAAGACUACGGUAAGUAGCUAGCUAGGACUUAGUGUAGAUCACAUGGUGUAGGAGAUUUCUUCAUCUAUUUCAGGAAUAGAAUGUUGUUAUAGUCACUAGUAACAUAAAUCAUCACAAGCACCUGUGUGUAUAGAUUUCAAUACAGAGCGACGACGAGACGCAAGAAAGAUGCAGUGACGAUUAUUGACCAUAGGAC